CCACGGCGAGGAAAAAGAGUCCCACCCCCACCCCCACCCACCCCCACCCCGCGCCGAGCUCCCGGCCCCGCCCCCGAAUCGGGCGGGGCCCGGGCCUUCGGCCUCGGGAUGAAGUUGAUCCUUACGGUCCAGUUGAGCUAACAUUUAUUGACCAUUUACUACGUGCCAGAGUCCCUUCCCUCAAGAAGUUAAUACUCUGGUGGAGAAGAUCGGACACAUAAAUGGAUUAUAUCAGUCAUGUCAGUACACUAUGAGAAAAGAAGCCCAUCUCCUUGACAUCAAGUGCUUUGUAUCUGAAUCACCUAAGUGACUCAAAGUCCUGACUUAAGGAAACCAGAAACAACCAGGGAAAUACAUUCUCACCGGAGAAAAGGCACUAACAGAGGAAGAGAGCAGUAGACAAGUGCUUUUGAGGCUGAAUAAGCCUGAAGUCAAAGCUCAACAUUCAUGAAAGGAUUUUUUUCAUUCUAAGUUAACAGAUUCAUGUUCUGAUCAAGGAACCGUAUCCCAUCCGACACCAUGCGGUGUUCCAUCAGGCGCGGCAUCAUAACCUCAGUGGGCAUUGGAUUCCUGUGGCUCCUCGUCACUUUGAAAGCCCCCAGGGAAACUGAAGAUGUUCAAAACGUGAUGGCUUUCAAAGGCCAAGAGGACAGUUAUGGAAAAAGAAAAGAUGUGAGACUGCUGGAAGGCUGGCAGAAUCAUACCUUCCAGUAUAUUAAGACAAUUCAGCAGAGAAGAAAGACGUGGCUGACAGUGGGGAUCUCAGUGCCACGACCAGAUCAAAGCGGCCUCUUGUACACCCUGGUCUCUCUGUUCCGUGCUUCCUCUGAGAUCGAGCAGAAACGUCUCACAGCACUGGUUCAUCUGGCACAUUCUGACCUCACCGGGCUCAGAGAAACCAUUGCCCAUAUUUCAACCCUCUUCAGCCCACAGAUCUUGUCAGGGAAGCUGCUACUGAUUCAUGCUCCAUCUGAUGCCUACCGCACCACGGAUGACACGAGGAAGGAGGCCCACAGUGGGGAAUUCUACUCCAAGCAGAAUAGAGAUCAUGCCUUCCUCAUGAGCUUUGCCGCAAAGCUCUCUGAAUACUUCCUGUUACUGGAGGACAAUGUCCUUUGUGCCCCCAACUUUAUCACCCACAUUCAUUGGAAGGUGGACACAAUGAGGUCCGACCCAUGGGUGCUACUGGAGUUCUCUAAUAUGGGCUUCCUCGGCAAACUCUUCCACAGCAGGGACCUCCCACUCCUGGCUCAUUUCCUCCUCCUCUUCUACAAGGAAAAGCCCCUUGACAGACUGAUCCCCCACUUCCGUACCCUCCUAGCUCAGAAAAACCCAAUCCUCUGCAGACCGUUCCUUUUCUACCACAGGUUCUCCUACUAUACCUCCAAUGACAGUCAGAAGGCCACGCCAGUCCGGAAAAAGAACCCCUAUGGUCCUGACAACCCACCCGCAGCCAUUUUCACAGAUAUGAAGGUUUUUGAUGUUCAUUUCCCCUGGAAGGCCUACACUCUGGAUGAGUCAUUCUUCUGGACCCAAAAUGUUAGUGCAGGGAACCACCUGACAGUCAUUUUGAAGCAUCCAGCGAACUUGAGCAGAGUGCAAGUGUUGACAGGCACCAUCGUGGAUGGAAAGCAUGCCCUAGAGAAGGGACAAGUGGAGCUGGGCUAUGACCCCGAGGGAAUGCCUCAAUUCUGUACCAGCUUUGCUUUGCUGGGCCAUCUCUUGGAAGGGCAGGUGAAUCAGGAGAUAUUCAAAAGUAUGGGGUACGAUGUGAGCUGUGUAAGGCUGGUGGUGAAAGCUAAUCAGGUUGGCGGUCUCAUAAUCAGGCAUAUUUACCUCUGGGAGGAAAAUCCCAAAGAUAUGGAAGCAGCUCAGAGUUGGAGAUAAAUCACUAAGGAUGUGAAAAAUUAAAGUUGUGAAGCUGUUCCAUUCCAGCCUGAGUGACAUGGGGAGAUAGAUGUCAGGGAAUGAGGGGCAGGGAGAGAAGACUCUAUGAUGCUUUUGGUGCCACCAUGAUGUUAAGAGACCUGUUUCUUUUUCUCCCCAAACAAGUAAUUCAUAUAUAUAUAUAUAUAUGAAUAUAUAUAUAUAUGUAAAACUUUUUAUGUUUAUUUAUUUAUUAUUUUAAGUAGGCUCCACACCCAACAUGGGGCUUGAACUCAUGAGCCUGAGAUCAAGAGUUGCAUGCUCUAUGGACUGAGCUGGCUGGAUGCCCUAUAAGGUGAUCCUUAUAGGUUAUCUUUUUCUGGGAGCAAAUAUAGCUUAGCCCAACUUGGAGAAUGGCCUUGGUCACUCCCAGAAUGUUUAGAUUUGGGGGAUGCUGAGAUGAGCACAGAGUGUUUGUGUGUGUGCAUAUAAACACAUAUAUUGACGCACAGUCAGAGGUGGGGAGAUGUAAUGUGGUAGUAGGAAGGUAAAUGGGGAAAUCGUGGGGUGUCCCUAAAACUGACAGCGUAAGUAGCCAAGAAAGUGACCCUCGUUAGAAGUCAAAUUCUCUGGGGGCGCCUGGGUGACUCAGUCAGUUAAGUGUUGGACUCUUGAUGUUGGCUCAGGUCAUGAUCUCACGAUUCGUGAGUUGGAGCCCUAUGUCAGGCUCUGCGUUGAUGGUGUGGAGAUUGCUUGGGAUUCUCUCUUUCCCUCUCUCUCUCUGCCCCUCCCCUCCUCAUGCUCUCUCUCUCUCAGAAUACAAAAAUAAACAUUUAAAAAAAGAAGUCAAAUUCUCUGGAAUUCAGAAAAGCGGUAGAUGGACCAAUAGCAAUAAAACUAAACCCUUAACUCUA